CAACUGCAUGAACGCUCAUCUAAACUAUUAAAUUCAGGUGUAAACAAUGGGGAAGGCUCUUUCCCAUGUGGCUAAGCAUACCUGUCACGAUGAGUGUCAGGACAGCCUGACCUCGUCCCCGGGUUACAGUGCCAUGCAGACCGAUGACAGCAAGAGUGGCGGAGACGUGUCUCAGUUCCCCUAUGUGGAGUUCACUGGCCGGGACAGCGUAACUUGCCCCACAUGCCAGGGCACUGGAAGGAUCCCGCGAGGCCAAGAAAAUCAGCUCGUGGCCCUGAUCCCGUACAGUGACCAGAGGCUGAGACCAAGGAGAACCAAACUAUAUGUGAUGGCUUCAGUCAUAUUGUGCCUGCUACUCUGCACUCUGGCUGUGUUCUUCCUUUUCCCUCGUUCCAUUGAUGUCAACUAUGUGGGAGUGAAGUCUGUCUACGUGUCCUACGACCAGAGCAAACGCAUCGUGUAUCUCAAUGUGACUAACUCUCUGAAUAUUACUAACAAUAACUACUAUUCAGUGGAUGUGGCCAACAUCACAGCUCGGGUGCAGUUUUCCCAGACCGUGAUUGGAAAAACCCGGAUCAGCAAUAUUACUACUAUUAGUCCCCUGGAUAUGAAGCAGAUUGACUACAUGGUGCCCACCACUAUAGCAGAUGAAAUGAGCUAUAUGUAUGACUACUGUACACUGCAGAGCAUCAAGGUGCACAACAUUGUGGUUAUGAUGCAGAUUACCGUCACCACGGUGUAUUUUGGGCAUGCUGAGCAGGUGUCUCAGGAGAUGUACCAGUACGUGGACUGUGGAGGAAACACUACAGCUCUGCAUGAGUACAGUCUGAACACUCCACUAACAGGCUAAAGCUUACCCUAAAAGUGUAACACAUCACCCUGUCCUACACCUCUCCACCCCACGACUCAUAGAACUAGUCAAGGGUUUACUGCACGUCUGCUAGUUAACCACCAGAUGUCAGGGUGAUUGCAGUUCACAAAAAUGAUGCACUUUAUUUACAGUGUUCUCCGAGCAAUAUAAACAUUACAAGGGUGGAGUAGUUCUCAUUCCAGUUCACGUUGCCAAACAGACCAAGCUAACAGAGUUCCCUUAUUUUCAAACACUACCCAUAUAAAACCCCUUUAAAGGGACAGUUCCCUAAAAAAAUUAACAUUUCUCAAGUGGUCACAAACUUUUAUAAAAUCCAUA